CCCUGAAGCUCAAUUCACCACUGCACGAAUUGGUCCUUGGCAAACGACUGCUGACGUCAAGGGCCCUUGUUUCAGCUCACAAAAAAAAUAAUCCCCACAGCACGGCAGGGACAACCACCAGACGCGGGCACUCGACUCGCUCCGCAAUUGGGUUUGACGAUGGCUGCCACUUGGCUUCAACUCCCCUCCCCCGAACUCUGGAUCCAAUAUCCGAGCACCCGCCGCUCGACACCAACGCAAUGAGGCAGCUCACGGCCUCGCCGGCCCUGCGCGCGGCCUUCCAGCUCGGCCUGGGAAGCCGUCGCAAUGGCUCCCUGCUGUGCGCCGCCACAAUGUCAAGAUACCGACUUCUCGGCCUCGCCCACCGAUCCGGACACAGCAGCAGGAGUAGUAGCAGCAACAGCAGCAACCCGGCAGUACAACAGCCGUCGUCGCCGCUUUCCACAUCACAACCACAGCCCCCUGCACCCUCGCCCUCGCCCUCGCCCGCGCUAGCGGCCAUAGCCGCGGCCGUCAACCCGCCCGCCACGACGCGCCCUCCCCCGCUCGACCUGCCCGAGCCGGACCCCAAGGCCACGGCCAUGAAGCGCGUCUUCGGCGUCGGCAAGGCCUACCUCGUCUUCUACAAGAACGGCCUGCGCGCCAUCCUCACAAACUACCGCCUGAACCAGGCCGUCCUCUCCCAGUCCGCGGCACCACCAUCACAACCACCACCGGCAACAGCGGACGGAACACCGUCGGCGCCGCGCCGCGAGUCCCGCGCCGCGCUGCAGCUGGGCGGGCGCGUGGGCCACGACCUGCGGCGCGUGCCCGUCUUCCUGCUCAUCUUCGCCGUCUUCGUCGAGCUCACGCCGCUCGUGGCCGUGCUGGUGCCCCGCCUCGUGCCCCUGACGUGCCGCAUCCCCAAGCAGGAGCUGCUGCUGCUGCGCCAGGCCGAGGACCGCCGCCGCGCCUCCUUUCAGGAGCUGUCCUCCCUACUCCUGCAGCCCGGUGCCGCCGCCCCCACCGUCAUAGCUACAACAUACGCGCCCGCUGACCGCGGCACCAAGGCCGCCGCCGCCGCUGCCGUCGUCGCCGUCCCCGAGACCCAAAAGGCCCUCGACGCCGCCGACCGCCAUGCGGCCCGCAGCCUCGGCCUCGUCUCGCGCGCCUGGGACUGGGGCUUGGUCGGCGGCGUCCCCGCCGCGCUGGCCCGCCGCCGCCUCGAGGCCCACCUCCCCGUCCUGGCCCUGGACGACAUGAAGAUGCUGGAGGCGGCCGCCGUGGCGCUCGCGGCCGAGGCCCUCGGCAACCACGGCGGCGGCGGCGGCGGCGUCACCCGGCAGGCCGUCGUCGACGCCGCCGUCGGAGCCCUGGUCGACGACGAGGUCCGCAUCGCCUGCGCCGCCCGCGGCGUCGACACCCUCGGCAGGCCCGUCGAGGAGCUGCGCCCCGUGCUGGCCCAAUGGCUGCGGCUCGUCGCCGAGGCGGGCGGGAACCCGUCCGGGCCCAUGAGGGAACUGCUCCUGUCCAGGCCCGACUUUUGGCCCCGGACUAUCCCGCCGGGCCGGAAAGAGAGAAUAGUGCUGCACAUGCCGGCCGAAGGGGGUCAGAUGUAGCUUUCUUCGCAUGUACCACUACUAUCAACAUGUAUCUAUACAAGCCAACGGGCCUGUUCAUGCCACCGCCUCAGACGUAUAUGGCUCUCUGGCUCUUUGGGCCUCCAAGACGAAGAGGAGUGUGUAACAAUAGAUUUCACGGGGUCAAUGGACAUGAACGCGUAUAAAUAUGGGUUUGGGCGUGUGUGGUAAUGGUCCCAUUCUGAAUCUGUUUGUCUCAAAUGGUUUCUCUUUUACGACCAGUAAUCGGGUCGCCCAUUAUUUCACAGCGCGAGGCGUCUGAUCACACGCUACCGUUCAGACCGGAAAGAUGUAGAAGGCGAGACGAGGGAUGAUUAUAUGUACAGAUGGCCGAGGAAUGGUAUUCACAGCGCUCGUCGAAUCCUCCACGACGAGGAAGUGGGAUUGGAGAGGGAAAAAAAGAAAAACGAAGUGGAUGAGAGAAGAAGAAAAAAGUGUCAAGCUCAGAUGUAGCAGUACCUUGUAGCUUGUGUUGCGGCGCCAUGUCGACUCCUCAAAGCAACGGCGGCCGGCCGUACUUCACACAUACGAGUUUCACACUACUGUCUGAAUCGAGCAAGCUGCGC